GUGCACUUCUCACUAUUCUAUAUGAACCCUAAACCGUACUUUAUAUUCUCUCAAAAGAAACCCCACUUUCUAAACAUUCUCUCCUCAACUUAAUAGAUGUGGGAGAAACCAAAGGAAGGUAAAACACAGCCUUCAACCACUGAUGAACAAAACCAAACCAAACCCAUUUUCAUCUUCGGGAUUCAUUCUUUCUUUCUAAAUAUCUAUAUCACAUAACGAUUUUCUCACUAUCUCAUUCCUCUAACUCCAAGCAACCCCUUCAAAUUCAUAUUCUUUGUCUAAAGAUUCCUUCAAAUCCCCCCACACAUAGUCGCUCAAAUGUUCUUUUCCUCAAAUCUCUCUUCUUUUUGUUUUAGGUCCGAUUUCAUCUUCCCCAGUUGAUAAGUCCCCUUCUUCUUCCUCUCUACCACUUAUUUUCAAAGUGCCAAUCACAGCUUUUUUUUUUAUCACCUUCUUUCAUCAAUUCAUGGAGUUGAUAAUAAUCUCUUGAUGGGUUCUCUGUUUCUUUCCCUGUUUUUGGUUUUCAGUGGUUAUGGUGUCUAUUAAUCAUUUCUCUCUCUGGGUUUCUCUCUCUUCUCUGUUUUUUUCCCUUUUUAGCUUCCUCUUCAGGUCUUUUAAUGAGGGGAAAAUUGUGGAAAGUUCGGUAGUUGUUCAUGGCGGUGAUGAUGAUGUUUCACUGUCGCCGGAGGAUGAGACUAAGGGCGGGGGUGUGAUUGAGAGUUUAGAGAAGGAAAGGAAUGAAUUUUCUUUUAGUUUCAAGUUCCAAACGUACGAGGAAUUUAGCAAAUCGAAUAAAGAAAAUAUUUGUUGCGAGAAACUGGAUUGGAGUGGUGGUUCUUCAUCAUUGGGCAACAGAUAUGAGAUUUUGCCGGAGAAAAGUACGAGCCACUUUGUGGAAGAAGCUGAAAUUCCGAGCUAUACGGUAGAAGUUUUGAAUUCUUGUUUGAAUCACGGGGUUUUAGGAAAUGAGAGUGAAGUUUCUGGGAAAGUUUUGGAACAUGAAAUUGUUAGCCAGGAAAUUACAGAGUGCUCCACUGUCGAUGGAACAGAGGAAGUUUCCGGGAAAUUUUUUAAAUUUGAAGCUGUAGAGGAAGAAAAACCCUUUACAAAAUUUGAAGAUGAAGAAGAAGAAAUUACGGAGAGAUUUCGAAAUGAGAAAGAAGAAUCUUCCCCGAAAAUUCAAAGUGAAGAAGAAGAGGAAGAAGAAGAAGACAAUGACUUUCUAAAGGAAACAGAUUUCGCCGGUUCCGAUUCAGACGCCGAUGUGGACAUCGGAGGCCGGUUUCUCUCCGAUACUGAUUUUGAUUUGGAUUUCAAAACUGGCGGGUACGAACCAGACGACGAGAUAAACGUAGAAGAAUCGGAGAAGUCGGCGGAGGGAAAUGGAAAAGGAGAAGAGGAUUCAGAAGAGUUGAAUGGAUUGGAAACAGAGUGGGAACAUCAAGAACUGAUUGAACAAUUAAAAAUGGAGUUAAAGAAAGUGAGAGCAACAGGGCUAGCCACCAUUUUUGAAGAAUCAGAGUCACCGAAGAUAAUGGGAGAAUUGAAACCAUGGAAGAUUGAUGAGAAAUUUCAACAUGGUGAUUUAAUGGAAGAGCUUCAUAAAUUCUAUAGAUCUUAUCGAGAACGUAUGAGGAAAUUGGAUAUCUUGAAUUACCAGAAGAUGUAUGCAAUGGGAGUUUUGCAAUCAAAGGACCCACUAAACUCAUUUUCAAGCAAUGACAAAUCUUCGUCGUCGUCAUCAAUCAUCUCUGCUUUCACACACAACCUAAGGCUAUACAGACGAAAUAAAUGUCAAGUGGACCCGAUGAAAGACUUCAUAAGAGAAGUUCAUUGUGAUUUGGAGAUGGUAUAUGUGGGGCAGUUGUGUCUUUCUUGGGAAUUCAUUCAAUGGCAAUAUGAAAAGGCUUUAGAUUUAUGGGAAUCUGAACCUCAUGGACUUCACCAUUACAAUGAAGUUGCUGGUGAGUUCCAACAAUUCCAAGUUCUCUUGCAAAGAUUUUUGGAGAACGAACCUUUUGAAGGCCCCAGAGUCGAGAAUUACGUCAAGCAUCGAUGUGUAGCUCGUAAUCUUCUUCAAGUACCCGUCAUAAGAGAGGAUAAAAGGAGGGAUAGAAGGAAAGGAAGAAGAGGGAAAUUAGAAGAUGGAUACGAAGCAAUCACAAGUGAUAUGCUUGUAGAGAUGUUGCAAGAGUCAAUCAGAGUAAUUUGGCAGUUCAUUAGAGCAGAUAAAGAUUGUCAUCACAGUACAAAUGGAAGCCUAAAACGCCCAAAAAAGUUGCAAGUAGAACUCCAAGAACCAGCUGAUGAGCAACUUCUUACUCACAUCCAAAUAGAUCUACAAAAGAAAGAAAAAAGGCUAAAGGAAAUUGUGAGAAGUGGACAUUGCAUAUUGAAGAAAUUGAAAAAGAACGAAGAAAAUGAAGAGACAGAAGGUGCAUUAUGUUUCUUUUGUGAAGUUGAUAUGAAGUUGGUGGGCAGAGUUCUUAGAAUGUCAAGAUUAACAACUGACCAAUUGAUUUGGUGUAGCAACAAAUUGAGUAGAAUUAGUUUCUCUAAUAGAAAAAUACAUGUAGAACCUUCUUUCUUUCUUUUUCCCUGUUGACCCUUUACUAAUAUUACUAUUCAUAAUUCCUUUGUAUAUUUUAUUUUGAGCCACUCAACAAUUUUUUUGAGAAAACUCAGAGAUUUACUCUAUGUUCAACUUCACAGCUUAUAUGUAUAGUGAUAGUUUGAAAUGAUAAAUGAGGAAACAAAGUUAAUGCAUUUGUGUGUA